UGUGUCACAUCACACUCAGCGCCAGCCGUCAAAAAAUAUUUAUUCAAAGAAAAAAAACUGUCUCGAACUUUGCUGGGGCUGUGAGUCGUGUACUGUGAAAAUUACAAAAAAAAAUAUUUUGCCGUUAAUUUCGUUGUAGCAAAAAACUAAAAAAAACUUAAAUUCUCCUUCAAAAACGAAAUAAGUCUAAAUUUGCAGUGAAUCUGAAUUAAAUUUUGGACAGACGACAAUUAAAUGCACAACUGAUUAUGGCAACUGGGGUGACUUAUACGGCACCACAAUCAACUACACCUCCGUCAACACCUCCACAGCCGCCGCCUAAAGUUUGUGUAAAUCCAGUCGCAGCAGCAGCAGCAGGAUCCAACUCUGUGGACAAUCAAUAUUUCUAUGAAGACGAAGUAUUCCGCAUCGAUAAGAAGGGUCGCGUCAAAUUCGGUCUGGUGCUAGAGAAUUCUGAGACAUUCUCAGGCGAUGACGCCGAUGAACUUGAUGUUCUGUCCAAGGGUGAGAUUCGUGUGAUAUGGCAUCCUGAGGGCAAGGAGGAGGUCAUAACGGAUCGGGUGGUUGGCCUUGCUGAUCGGACCCUUAUGCCCGGCGAUGUUGUUCGCCGCUUGGUUCCUGGGAAAGACACGCAGCGCGGCUAUUGCCGAGAGAUCAAUAUGCGUUCAGAUGUCCGAAUUCUAGGCACAAAGAAUAUAAUUAAAAAUGUUAUGGCCGAACGACUACAACCAAUGGUCAGAAUGCCACGUGACAGUGCUGUUUGUCUAGACUCUUGGGUGGGCAGUGUAAAGGCUGUCAAUGAGAAAAUUGUGUUAAAAUCGUCUUGUGGUGCUUUAAUUGAAGUUUCUGACUUGGAAUUGAUGCAUUUUACUGAUACCAAUACUAAAUUUCGCAAUGGGCACUUUGCCGAAAUGGUCUAUUAUCCAGGGCAAGUUAUCAAUGGGCGUCUCGAAUCUAUGGAUAAUGUUAAAAUACUUUCACCAACAAAUAAGAAUUGGAAGCCUUUGUCUAAGAAAUUCAGAAAGUUCACAGUACAAUCGGUACGUCUCGACUCUGUUUGGGUGCAUUGGCAAUGCAAAGCCCUCUCCGAAGAUGGUGACAUUAAGUCGAAUCUCCUACAACAGCCCGAUCCAUCUGUAAGUGGUGCCGAUUUGGAUCGACUCAAACGCCUAAACCUAUUCGAAUCAUGCAUGCUCCAGAUAAACGAUAAGAGUUAUCUGAAAUUUGCCGACUGUGAUGUGGUUGUACGAAAGUCCGUAUGGGAGAAAGAACACGCUAUAAAAUACAAACUCCUCUUGAGUCAGCAAGAGAAAGAGGAACACUUAAAUAAAAACCAAAGUAGAAGUACCAAAGCCCCAACUCCAUUCCGAAACGAAAAGACUAAAACCAAAUUCUCCAAUUCAUCAUUGGAAACACCCGGUCAGGAGAAACUACCUAUGCGAAUGUCCUUGAAACCGUUGAGCAAAGCUAAUCUGGAAAAGUUCAAUACAUCGAAAGAGAGGAGUGAGACUGAGAAGAAAACGCUAGACGGAGAAUCCCAGCAACAACAGAAUCAAGUUGUCUCUGCUGAUGGCUGGCAAACAGAUGAAGAUGAAGCCGAAGGACUUGAUGAUGAUGAUGAAACUGAGAGCACCGCUACAACCAUAUCGACUUGCUCGAGCCCCACUCCGCGAAGUAGUCCAAAACAUACGUCCAGAUUGCAGAAGAAGCAAGUAAAAAAAUUAAAGAAAACCAGCACCAGUGCCAGCUCGACCACGCCCCUUCCUAAUGUCGGUGAUGAACUUGUCACCGAAUCAAUGAUGGUUUAUAGUACAGCUACUGUGGUAUGGCAGGAUGGAGCAGUGGAGACGGGAAUACCAUCAACUCAGCUGUAUCCUAUUCAUCAUUUAGAUGAUCAUGAAUUCUUUCCUGGAGAUUUCGUUGUCUGCGGCAAAGAAGAUUCCGAUGUAUCGUUCCGAGACUAUGGUGUCAUUCAGACAGUUGAUCAUCAUGGAAGAACAGCCACAGUCAAAUGGUUCACCACUUACACCUCCGCUGUUGAGCCUAAGCCGACUUACAAGGGUCAAUCCGAGAUGAGUGUGUACGAUCUUAAAGAUCAUCCUGAUUUCCAAUAUCGACCCGGAACCAUGGUUAUUCGUGUGGCGAAUUUCCUUGGUGAAGACGCCACGUGCACGGCUGGCCAAAUCAUAGACAAUUACAUCGAUGGCCGUGUGAAGGUUUGGUGGGUUGAUGGACACAUAAGUAUGUGCUGGCCACAGGAUCUUUUCGAAGUGGGGCAGUAUGAUCAUGCCGAUUGGGCUCACGAUACCGAUGACUCAUGGGAGACAGAGAGUGAAACUAGUGAAUUCGGAGGAGACACUCCACAGCUCAAGUUCUCAGAAUCACAUAUUUUGUCGAAUUUCGAAAGAGCUCGCGUGGCGAUUUCGAGGUUAGAGGAGAUUUUCAGCUUGAAUCCAAAUCUACAAAAUCAUGAUGUCAUGAGGAAGCUUCUCGGUGUCUAUAAGAACUGUCGAUAUCUAGACCGUUUGAUGAGUACCAGUUUUUUCCAUGAAAGCCAUUUUAUGGGCCUCUUGGAACGUGUUGGAAAAGAUACAGCGGAAACAGUUUUACCAGAGAAUCCCUCCUCACAUGAACGUAAAACUCGUCUUUUCAGUGAGAGUUCUACGCAACACUCUCAACAAGCAAUUGGAAUUGUAGUUCCCGUAAAUAAUACCCAAACCACUGCAAGUAGUGUCAGUUCACCCAAGGAUUACGCUCCUAAAGUUAUCUUCAAUAUCUCUUCGACUCCAUUUAAAUGCCUCAAGAAAAAAGCUACCAAAUCAGAGCUAACAACACCAAAUAAUUCAAAUUCCAAUCCCCUCCAGGACUUCACCGAAUUGCAAUCACCCCCAAAGCAACCCCACAACACCCCAAUCAAUCCAAUAAAUACCAAAGUAACAGUAACAGAUCCCUCAAAGAAUCCGUAUAAUCAGGAGAAGAACAAACUUCUCACUUCGGUAAUGUUAAAUAUUGAAAAGGCUACCGAAAAAACCAAUCAACUCAAAUUGGCUAACAAUAAGUCGCAGGACGACUCAGGGAAUUACACGCGUACAGAGAACUGUGACGGCAGUUCGGCCAGCUACGCUAGCUCGAAUGAUCUUACCAACAUCGAUACGAAUGGAAGCUUCUUGAAGACAAACGACGAUCAGCAAUCGGUUUCAUGCAGCAGUAUCGAGUUCACAGAUGAUGCACCUCCCGAAUUCGUGUGCAUUCGAUUGUGCUGUCUGCUCAAGGAACAAUUGGUCAAGUGUAUCAAUGAAAUCCGACAGAAGUACUUUGUGGAUAAUUUGAAUUUGAGUGAGAUAAUUGAGAAUGAUAUUGCCGAAGAUUUGGAUGGAACAAUCGAGUCGACGAAUUUGGUUGUUGUCGAUGGGGAUUUUAGCCCUCAGAUAAAAUUAUCAAACGAAAUGAAUUAUUUUAGCUCGCCAGAGACACCAACUGUGGAAGAUCCAACCGAGACAGUUGUGUCGACACCCAAUGUGCCUUUAGAAUGCUUCCAAGUAUUGGAUGUCGCUCCGAAAAAUCACAAAUUUGAGCUAACUAUCUUGCAACCAAAUAAUUCGCAACAGUACUAUAAAGCUAUUCAGAGGGAGCACAGGAUGUUGAGGUCUUCUUUGCCUCCUGGUGUUUGGGUUAGAGUAUUUGAAGAUCGCAUGGAUUUAGUGAGUGUGAUGAUAGCUGGACCCAAAAACACUCCCUACGAGGAUGGAAUGUUCUUCUUUGAUAUUCAACUUGGACGCGAUUACCCCAAAAGUCCCCCGUCUUGUCAUUACAUAAGCUAUUGCUCAGAUCGAUUGAAUCCUAAUCUCUAUGAGGAUGGAAAGGUUUGUGUUUCGUUGUUGGGUACUUGGUCAGGACGUGACACAGAAGUCUGGGGGCCCAAUAGCACCCUGUUGCAAGUUAUUGUUUCAAUUCAGGGAUUGAUUCUGGUGGCUGAACCGUAUUUUAAUGAAGCUGGCUACGAGAAGCAGAGAGGUACACAACAAGGUACUGAAAACUCUCGCAUGUACAACGAGAUGGCUAUCAUCAAAUUGGUUCAAGCAACCACCAAAUUGCUAUCCAAUCCGCCACCAAUAUUCCGCGAACAAAUCGUCGAACAUUUCAAAAAGAACGGUCAAUCAAUGUACAAUCGUAUCAAGGGUUGGAUGGAAUUGUCACAACAAAUUGCUAUGACCCCCGAUAAAGAACAACAACCUCCUUUGUUUAAAAAUGGCAAUGCUCCUGAUUUUCCACUUGUGCCUGCAAGCCGUGGCUUCUGUUUAACAGUGUCGGGUUUGUUGGAGACAUUUCACAAGAAAUUGGACAUUCUCGAUGCCUCAACAACAACAACAACACCAACAGCUGUAGUCGAACAGCCCUAACCUUUGCUCUUAGCCAAUGGUAGCAAAAUAAAGCUUUCAUUUAUAGUUAAUUUUAAAUAAACUAAAUUGGAGAAUUAGAGCCAAAAAAAGAAAAACAAAAUCAACCAAAAAACGAUCCAAAAAAUUAUAUAUUUCAACUCGAUUAGUAUUAUAUUAUUCCCGAAAGCAAAACUAUAAACAAAACAAAAGCAGUUAUUGAUGUUUUAUGUUAAAUUAAAUCAAUUUCUGUUUAUUAUUGUUUUUCUCUCACGUUUUGUUUAGCAGUAUUAUUUUGUUUUUAUUAAAACCAAAUUAAAUUAUUAUUUAUUAUUAUAAAAACUGUCGAUCUUUAUAUAUUUACAUUUAUGUUAUUAACAAAUUGUUGUAUAAUUUAUUUAUUUUUUUCUUUCAUUAAAAAAUAAAACUAUUUAAUGGCGCAAAAUAGUAAACACCAUUUAUUCAUUUUGUUUGUGGAGGAUUCGAGUCUCCAAACGGUCUUCAAGGUUUGUUUUAUCUUGACUAAAAAUUGGGAGAAUUGGAUUGGAAAAUCAUUUAAAUUUUGCGCCAACUUUUUCGACUUUUUCUUUUGCUUUAUGUUUGAGUCGUUUUGUGAUUUUUUGUUUUCUUAGAAAAUAAAAUAUAAGUAAAAGCGUAAAUUUAACUACGAGCUUUUUGCUAAAGCUUGAAUCAAAUUAAAUUUUAAAUAAAAUUAAAAUUAAAAUUAUCUCUUAACUUAAGAAGAAAUAAAAAUAGCAGCAACACAAACAAAUAAAAAUGUAGCACUUGUACGCCUAUUUUCACAACUCAACAAAAUCAACAACAAAAGAAAAAUAAAAAAUGAUAUUUAAGAAACUAUGGAAAAACGUCUUAUAAUCUAGCAAUAAAUUUUAUUAUUUAUUUUGCUUAAAUCUUAAAUUUAAAAAAAAAGUAGAAGAAUUAUAAAUUUACUUAUCUCUGUUUAUUAUUUAUUAAUCAUUUGUCCAAAUAUGUAGUUUUAUUGACAACAAAUAUAAAAUAAAUAAAUAAAAUGUUUGAAAGAGUCAACGAAAAGCUUUAUCACACUUAUAUUUAUAAUAAAUUAUUAAAAUUAUGAUUAUAUUUGAAUGAAAGUAAAUAAUUCAAUUAUAUUAAAUUAAAUUAAUUUAUUUUUUAAAUUAAAUGCUCUUUAAAUUAUUAAUAAUCUGCUAUUUAAAAUUUAUGCAAAAAAAACAUAUUUAUUAACUUUUUAACAAAAUAAGAAAAAUAAUACCUAUUAAAUUAUAUAUAAUUAAAUUUAGAAAAUGGAAUAUUUAAGUAUAAUGAAGAGAUUUUAAAGAUUUGCUUUAAGAUACGCGCGAUAUACGAGUAGGUCAAAAAAGAAAAAAUCAUAAAGAAGGUAAUAUCGAAAUUAAAAACAUUUAUUUUAUUCUAUUUAUUUUCAAUAAAAAUGCGAAAUUAAGCGUAAA